AUGUCGUAUGAGAAUGCUGCCGCCGAGGUGGCUGAGGACUUCAAGACGGCGCUGGAGGACAUGACGUCCAUCAGCCGAAUCGAGAUUAUGAAUCUGUGUCAGAUUGCCCGUGAGAAUACGGAGCAUGCCUUUGAAAUCUCUGAAGUCCUUGUCGCCCAUAUAAAUAGGGCUGCCCCUCAAAAGAAACUUGCGGCACUUUACGUGCUCGACGCCAUCGUCAAAAAUGUUGGCACGCCUUAUACACUCUAUGUCGCUCCAAAGCUGUUUUCAACCUUCAUGGAGUCGUACGCCCGGGUGGAACAUCCCGUACGGCGCAAGAUGGAGGAGAUGCUGAAGACUUGGAAGAGCCCCAUCCCGGGGUCCAUGGACACGAAACCAGUGUUCCCUCCUGAUGUCGUCGGACCCAUAGAGAACGCCCUCAUCAAAGCGCAUAAUUCGGCAAUGCAAACCCUUCAGCAAAAUAGGAAAACACAGCCUCAUAUCCUAGGUCGACCCCCUCCCGGAGCGCCGCAUCGUAACACGCCGACACCUCCUGGGAUGCCCCAAGGUGGUGUCCCACGGGGCCAUGCUUAUCCCCAACCGAAUAUCUCGGAGGCAGAUCGAACCGGGCCUCCUCACCAUAACCAGCCUCCGUUUUCGACCCCGGGGCUUAACCAAGGGGCGAGCCAUCAUAAUGGGGCCUUGCAGCAACCAGGACAUAUGGCGGGCGUGAAUGGAGAUGCACUGAAUAAAGACAUCCAAGAGCUCGUCCUUGCGACGCACCUGGAGAGUGCAGCGCAUCCUCACGAUGCUGGUAUAUCUGCGAGAUUGAAGGCGCUCAUGGACCUACAAAGCAUUGUGCAGGCCAGGAACCUGCCACCAGACCAGCUCGUUUUAGUUAAAAACAAGUAG